AUGAUUUUUGAUAUAACAGGGCUAGAUAUUGCUAUUGGCUAAAUAUCCUUAAAUUUCUUGGUUUCUCUAUCAUAUUUAAUCAGAUCAAAAUACAAUUAGAAGAUUUCACAGAAAUCUCAAAAAAUUAUUUUAAAACAAAAUACGAAAAAACAAAGCGAGGAAGUAUUUUAAACAAAGUUGACUAUCUAAAACUAAACAUCCUCAAUAAAAAAAAAUGUUAGUGCUUUAAGGUCUUCAAAACCUAAUGAAAUAGAUCAAAAUAAUUCUAAAAAAAAUUAAGUCGAUAAUUAUCCUUAAUCUUCAGGCUUAUUACUGUCUCCUAGUAACAAAAUCUUGGAAAACGACAAACUUAUGUCAGAUACAAAUAGAUAAACUCAUAGAUCAAGUUUAGUGCCUAUCCUUUAAACUUAAAAAUAGCAAAUCACUAGCAAGUCUAGUAGUUGCAGUCAGAAUCUUAUAUAACCAGCUGUAAAACCAUCAUCCGAUCAAAAUAAAUCAAUCAUAAAUUAGCUAAAAAAAGAGAACCCUAGUUUUGCAGGAUCAAAAUUAGUUUAAUGUUAAUAAUGUAAAGCAGACAAUUCUGUUGAAUAAUCUGAUGAUAUUAUUACUAUAGAAAGAAAAAGGAACAUGAGCCUACCUUCAGAACUAAAGGAAGAUGAGAACUAAGAAAAGAUAAUGGAAAAAAAGUAAUAAGAGGAAUAAAGAUUAAAAAUUUAAUAAUACAAAGACACAGAAUACUCAUAAUAUAUUCAACUAUAAAAUCAUUUCCUCUUAUUUUCGUGUAUAUUUUUUGUACAAUCAAUUAUACACAAAAUCAAUUCCAAUUUAUCAUUAUAUGAAGAAAUAAAUUUAAACAAUAUUUUGGAGAUAUAUUUAUUGUAGGCUUGUAUUGGAGGAUUUUAUUAUAAUGUAUUUUAAGCACUGAUAAUCAUUUUUUUGGAAAAAGUCUUAAAAUGCCAUUCAUUAAUAACUAGAUUAUUAUUCUCUGCAUAUAACAUCUCAGCUCCAUUUUACCUUUAUUCAACAAUGUAAGAACAGAGUAAACUGAUAAAUUUAGAAUUUUUGCUAAUGAUUGGAUGCAUUUAUUUUUUAUAGUUCUUAGUUUUUAUUUUUUGUAGAAUACUGAAUUGGAAAAAUUAUCCUCUUACUUUAUUUUUGACAUUUUGAUAUUAUAUUAACAUAUAAAUUAUAUAAAAUUCCAAAUC